AUGGCCAUGUUGUCCCCUCGCCAUGACAUGACCUCGUCGGGCGGCGAUAUGGAGCCGCACUGGGGUUAUUUUGAUCGAGAAUUACCAUGUAUGGUCGAUGCCGGUAAAUGCGCCUACCUGGACGUGGUCUACCACAGUCACGAUCUGUCCGUCCUUUACAGCAUCAUUCUGUGGGCCGUGAUCCUUGGAAUUCUACUGCUGUGCUUCAUCGGCCACUACUGCAACCCAGUCGGCCGCCAAUUCAACACGUGUGUGAGCAAGAAAGAGGACGUUGAAACCCCCGGUCACAGUCAAAGCUCGCUAUAUCGCAUGCGGAGAGCUCUCGGAUCGUUCUACCAUCGUUAUCUGGUCGCUGAAUUCCUUCCCUCUGUCUUCGGCAACACGACCCGGUUCAACGUCCUGAUUCUGGUCGUCUUGACUGGCUAUGUGACCGUCUUCAGCUUUGUCGGCAACGUGUAUAAGACCUGGUACAGUCCGGUAGAAGGCAGUCCCGACACCAUUCGGGUGGGCAUGGGCCCCUGGGCCGAUCGCAUUGGAGUGUUGGCCUACGCUUUGACGCCGCUGUCGAUCCUUCUGUGCACUCGCGAAUCCAUUCUCUCGCUUGUCACAGGUAUCCCUUACCAUCACUUCAACUUCCUGCACCGCUGGCUCGGCUACAUCAUCUACAUUCAAUCCGUGCUACACACUAUCAGCUGGACCAUCGUUGAAGGAAAGCUUUACCAGCCACAGCCAUCCACCUGGAACGAGUUCAUCAAGCAGGAAUACAUCAUCUGGGGAAUUGUGGCCAUGAUUCUCUUGACUUUCCUUGUGGUUUUCAGCACGAAAUGGGCCAUCCAACUGACCGGAUACGAGUUCUUUCGCAAAUCUCACUACAUUAUUGCCAUGAUUUACGUCGGUGCCUGCUGGGGCCACUGGGAUAAACUGGCAUGCUGGAUGAUCGCCUCGUUGGUUGUUUGGCUUCUCGAUCGUGCCAUCCGACUUUUGCGCACACUCAUCCUGCACUUCGGCACUUUGUCCACUACGAACGCGUCCUACCGGGGCCUUCUUAUCCCCAAAGCCCACAUCACCCACUUCCCGCACAACGAAGACGGCGACGUCGUUCGUCUCGACUUUCAGCACGAGCACGCCCCAUGGGACAUCGGCCAGCACUUUUACCUCUGUUUCCCCGGUCUUAGCAUCUGGCAAUCGCACCCCAUGACCCCCAGCUCCGUACCCGGCACCCGCAUUCAAUCACACACGUACAUCAUCCGUGCCAAGGGUGGUCUCACGCGUGAACUUGCCCAAAUCGCCCGUCACCCAGACCCCGAGAAAAACGCCAGCACAUCCAUCGUCCUGAAUGGACCCUACGGCCAAUCUAUCGUCGAUAACGACCUCGCCUGCACCGAUGACAUCAACCUCUUCUUCGUGGCCGGUGGCACGGGUGUCACCUUCGUCCUGCCUCUUUUGCAAGCCAUCGUCCUCAACCCGCUCUUCAAGACCCGCCGCAGCCAAAUCGAACUCAUCUGGAUCAUCCGUCGCCGCUCCGACAUGCACUGGAUUUUGAACGAGCUGGACGCCCUCCGCACAGCCACAUACACCUGCUCUCACCUUCGCAUCCGAAUCUACGUAUCCCGAGAGACUGAAUACGAGUCGGAGGUCAACGCAGACAGUAACCUGCCGUCCUACCCUCUCCAAGAACCACCCAAGGAUUUUGAAACUGUCCCGCUCAGCCCCAAGGCCAAGGAAGUCGGCUUCACGAUCCAAGAAUCAUCCACGACAGCGACCAGCAUGUCCCCGUCCAUCAACUCCGUUGAAAAGUCUCGCCCUGCCAGUAUGCCGCCUCACAACACCGACGGCUUCAUCGUGCACUCUAUCGGCGCUGGCGCCGGUAUGUCUAAACAUCCGGACCUGGCGUCCGAAGUCAGCGAGUUCGUCUCGCGCACGGCGCGUGGCCCGACCAGGGUCGUGGCCAGUGGACCGGCCGGUAUGAUCCGGGACUUGAAGCGAGGUGUGGCGGGUUGCAAUGACCCUGGGAAGGUGUUGAAGGGGGACGAGAAGUUCGAUGUGCAGUUUGUGUUUGAUGAUCGGUUGGAGUGGUAG